AGUCUUCCUCUCAGAAAGACAAUCCAGGGAACAAAUAAAAAGGAUCCAGUUGAAACCUCUUCUGGAGUUAUGGGAACCACCUCCUCCGUUUGCUGCUACGGAGGGUAAGAAGGGAAGAGAUGAGGCUUGGGGAAAUGGAGCGUGUCUGAGUGGCAGAGCAGCAGCCGCGUCCCACUUGGCUGGGGUCCCGCGGGUUCGUUGGUUACCCCGCCCCGUCCCGCACCCGUCCUCAUUCUCGCACUUGGAAACAAGCGAUCAGCAAUACAUGCCUGGAAGCCUGGGGCGCCGCGUCUCCGAGAUGGGCCUGGGGGACUCCCGCCGCCGCAGAGAGGGAACUUCCUGGGGCCCCCACAGCAUCCUAGCCAGAGCUGGACUCUGGCCCUCAACCCUGCGUCCCGCGCGCGGCUACCCUGGGGGCAGCCAGGGCGCGGCCGCCCCGAAGGAGGCCCCCGCCGCCGCCGCCGCCGCGGGUCCGCUGCUGGAAGACCUCAGACGGCGGCUGGUGCGCGCCUUCCAGCGGGCGGUGCCUCGCGGGGGCUUGCGGCGCUCGCGGGAGGAGGCGGCGGCGGCGGCGGCGCGGGAGGAGCAGAGCCGGGCGCGCGUCGAGAGCGCCCUGGCCGGGCUGCGCGCCGAGCUGCUGGAAAUGCAUUUCCAAAAUCACCAGCUGGCCAGAACUUUGCUGGAUUUAGACAUGAAAAUGCAGCAAUUGAAAAAGGAGUAUGAACUGGAAAUUGCAUCAGAACCUCAAAGCUCAGAAGAUAAUGCCGUGAAUCCGGAAUGAAGAAACUCAUAGAUGAGGAUCUGAACCCUAAAAAUAACAUAGAUGUCUCUGAAACAAUCCCAACAGUAACAUUAUGGAUGCUUUGCAUGAGAUUUUAGGGUCAAUUUGUGGGCCCCAAAUUUUGAUGCCAUGGGGAAGUGACAGAAAGCAUUUAAGAAAGGGGAGAGAGAAAAUGGUGUGUUAAAAGUUUUAAAGUGAGUUAUUCAUUGUUCUGGCUGGGAAAGAGAUGUAAAAAGAAUAUAUUGAACAAUGCCUUAAUGCCGAUUUCUAGCACGCUAUCUUGUGCCACCUUAACUUUUUAGCAUUACCUGAACUUUCUGAAUCUGUGCUUGUUUCUGUUUUACUUGAUUAUUCUUGGUUUGUCUGCCAAGUUAGCUGUUCAGUAGGCUUCCCUCCCUGCUCACCUCUCUCUCUCUCUCUUUUUUUUUUUGAGAAUCACUUCUGCCUAGAUGCCAACUAUACCCUAUUAAGGAUGCCUCACCUCUCUGGAAUACAGUCAGGCAGAUGAAGGCAGUUUGAUCAACUUGUCCUCAGGAGUUCUGAACUAGAACUAAAGGAAUAGAUGAGUAUUGGAAGCUGAUGGUAGAAGCUGUUGGGUAGGGGGGCUUGGAAGCUACUGGUGGCCACCAUGUGAGAAAGUGUGAGCUCUAAUAAAGGAGGUUGAAACAGCACCACUGAGAGCGCAAAAGGGGAGAGAGAGCUGCGCUUCCUUGUCUCUGGGGUCCAGCUCUUGAAAACCCCAGCCCUUGCUGUCAUUUGGACACAUGAAAAUACUCUAGCAUCCUCCUGAUAAAAUCUCCUUUUGCCUACGUCAAUUGAGUGGGAGUCUUAUGACUUGUACUCAAAAGAUUCCUAACUGGCACAAUUCCUUUGUUAAGCUUUUAGGAGUUAAAAAGGUUUGUGUUGAAUUAGAACAUCUACCUUUACCUUAAACAUGCCGCCUUCUUAAUGCAAAAAUAAAGUUAAAAAAAAUGUUGCAGAUCUCAGUGAUAUUAAUAAUGGUCAUUAUCUGUAAAAAAUAAAAAUUAAUUUAUAAAAUGUAUGUGAUUUUAAUACUUAACAAUAAAAAUUAGUUCUGGAAGACAAAAGAGAACAGAAUGGAUGUGGUCUUUCUCUUAAAAUAAAUACAAGUUGUUUUAUGUAUGUGAGGUUUUAAGGAUUAUCUGAACCAAGUUUAGUUUGUCCUUAACUUGUUUUUUGUCACUAGAAGUGAAUUAUUUAAGCUCUUUGGUACUUAAUUUCUUCCCUCUGUUAAACUGAGGUAUUACUAUGCUUAACUUACAGAACAUUGUCAAUGAGCUAUUGGCAACAUUCUGAUAUGUAACCCCUGGAUUUCUUGAGCAAUUCUGUAUUUGAACUCUUGGCUGAUAAAUAUACAGACUGGUUUCUUA